AUGGCAAAGAAAAAGAACAUGAAAAAGUCAUCUUCCUCAUCCUCCACCAAUUCCGAUUCUUCAUCACCAACCACUGCUCCUUCCUAUGACAGCGAUGACGAACAAAGUGAAAUUCAACAAGACGCUUCCACCUCUACAUUGCAUAUUGCAGCCACAGGAAAUUUGUCUUCACAUCCUCUUUCCAUGGACCUUAAAUUUGAUCACUUUUCUGUGAGUGUUUCUUCUCCGUUUUCAUCUCAAUCCAUUGAUUUGAUUGAUGACACUGAUUUGUGUUUGAAUCGUGGUACGAGAUAUGGUCUUAUUGGUUUGAAUGGUUCAGGAAAGUCCACUCUGUUAAAAGUAUUAGGUAGAAGAAUGAUUCCAAUUCCAAAACAAAUUUCUGUCCAUUUGUUACACGGAGAAGCAAAACCAACAGAAAAAAGUGCUCUCGAUUAUGUCCUUUCAAGUGUUGACAAGGAAAGAGAAAGAUUGAAUCGAGAAUUAAACGAUCCAAAAACUUCUCAUCAAAGACAAGAGGCCAUUAUGGAUCGUUUAGAGGAAUUAGAUCCUGAAUGGGCCAAACCCAAAGCAUCUAAAUUAUUACAUGGUUUAGGAUUUACAAGUGAAAUGCAAAAGAAACCAACAAGAGAUUUUUCAGGAGGUUGGAGAAUGAGAAUUUCAUUGGCAGAAGCACUAUUUAUUGAACCUGAUUUGCUUCUUUUGGAUGAACCAAGUAAUCACUUGGAUUUGGAAACAGUGGUUUGGUUGGAAGAAUAUUUGAAAGAAUAUGAAAAAUCUUUGAUUAUUAUUUCACAUUCUCAGGAUUUCCUUAAUAACGUCUGUACUUCCAUUAUUCAUUUGAAGGAUCAACGAUUGACUUAUUAUGGAGGAAAUUAUGAUACGUAUGUGAAAACUCGUGAAGAAUUGGAAACCAAUCAAAUGAAACGUUAUCAAUCCGAACAAGACGAUAUUCAGAGAAUGAAAGAUUUUAUCAACAAAUUUGGCCAAACUUCGAUCAAGUUGUCUCGUCAAGCAAAAUCAAGAGAGAAAUUAUUGGACAAAAUGAUGGAGAAAGGUCUCACAGAGAAAGUUUCUCAAGACAAAAUAUUUAGAUUCAAAUUCCCAGAAGUGACCAAAUUACCAACUCCAAUCCUACAAUUCCAAGAUGUCAAAUUCCAUUAUCCUGCAACAGAACUCGUUCCUGAGCCUAAAAUUUUAUUCAAGGGAUUGAACUUGGGUGUGGAUAUGGACAGUCGUAUUGCUCUUGUUGGUCCAAACGGUGCUGGAAAAUCGACCCUACUCAAACUCAUGGUCAAACAAUUGAAACCAGUCUAUGGUGACGUUUCUGUUCAUUCUCAUUUACGAAUUGGUCAUUUCCACCAACACUUGACUGAACAAUUGGAUGAAAAUUUAACACCACUCGAAUGGAUGUUCAAAGAAUUUCCCGAUACAUUUGACAACAAUUCUAAUGGUACUGAAAUUAUGAGAUCUCAACUUGGACAAUAUGGAAUUUCUGGAGGACGACAAACAAGUCCCAUUAAAUUCCUUUCUGAUGGGUUAAAGUCAAGAUUGAUCUUUGCAUGGCUUGCAUUCAAGCAACCACAUAUUCUCUUCCUUGACGAGCCUUCGAAUCACUUGGAUAUAGAAACGAUUGAUUCAUUGGCUGAAGCAAUUAAUGCAUUUACUGGAGGACUUGUGUUAGUUUCACACGAUUUUAGAUUGAUUGAUCAAGUGGCUAAAGAAAUUUGGGAAGUGAAAGAUGGAGCUGUGAAACAAUACAAAGAUGGCAUUCAGGCCUAUAAGAAGAUGAUUGCUAAAGAAUUGAGAAAUGCUAAUAACAAGAAUUAUUAA